AUGUUCUGCUCUUCGUUAUGUGCUCUCUUACUACUUGUCACUCUAAAUUCGGUUCAAAAUGUAGCGGCAAAAAGUGAUCCAGAGCUUCAUAUGACUACGCCCCAAAUCAUUGAACGCUGGGGGUACCCAGCUAUGAUCUACUCGGUCACCACGGACGACGGGUACAUUUUGGAACUUCACAGAAUCCCACAUGGGAAAAACAAUGUAACGUGGCCAAAUGGAAAACAACCGGUUGUUUUCAUGCAGCACGGACUAUUGUGUGCCUCGACUGAUUGGACAAUGAACUUGCCGGAUCAGAGUGCAGCCUUCAUCUUCGCAGAUGCUGGCUUCGACGUAUGGCUUGGCAACAUGCGUGGUAACACCUACAGUAUGAAGCACAAGAGUUUGAAACCGUCCCAUUCGGACUUCUGGGAAUGGAGUUGGGACGAGAUGGCCACUUAUGACCUACCGGCAAUGAUCAAUAAAGUUUUGGAAGUGACUGGACAAGAGAGUUUGUACUAUAUGGGUCACUCGCAGGGUACCCUGACAAUGUUCAGUCAUCUGUCUAAAGAUGAUGGAAGUUUCGCGAAGAAGAUCAAGAAAUUCUUUGCAUUGGCGCCAGUCGGAUCCGUGAAGAAUAUCAAGGGAUUUCUGUCCUUUUUUGCACACUAUUUCUCUCUGGAGUUUGAUGGCUGGUUCGACAUCUUUGGCGCUGGUGAGUUCCUUCCCAACAACUGGGCUAUGAAACUUGCUGCCAAGGACAUUUGCGGUGGUCUCAAAAUUGAGUCAGACCUCUGUGACAACGUCUGCUUCCUGAUUGCCGGACCAGAAAGCGAUCAAUGGAAUUCCACACGUGUUCCAGUCUACGCAUCACAUGAUCCAGCAGGAACAGCUACUCAGAAUAUCGUUCACUGGAUUCAAAUGGUCCGUCAUGGAGGUGUCCCGGCGUAUGACUGGGGUACCAAGGAAAACAAAAAGAAAUAUGGCCAGGCUAACCCUCCAGAAUACGACUUCACCGUCAUAAAGGGAACCCAAAUCUAUUUGUACUGGAGUGACGCCGACUGGUUGGCUGAUAAGACUGAUAUCACUGAUUACCUCUUAACCAGAUUGAACCCGGCAAUCAUUGCGCAAAACAACUAUUUCACGGACUACAACCACUUUGAUUUUGUGUUUGGUCUUCGUGCAGUGCAUGACAUUUACAAUCCGAUUGUAGAUAUUUGUACCAAAGACUACAACGGGAAUUAA